AAAUUAUAACCAUUUUUUUUUCAAAUGACUGUGCAGGAUGACGGAGUAGAGAGGAAGAUGGGAGGAAAAUAUUGAUAGCAGAAGUCGCAAGGAAGAGAGGGUUCAGUUUACCUUUUCCCUUUCUUCAAUCUUCAAUCUUCAUUUUUCAUCUUCCUUCUUCUCUCCAACACAAUCUAUUCCCAAUUCUCAUUCAAUUCAAUCAACAAUUCAAUUUUCUCUUCCUUUAUUCCCAUAUCCACGUUUUCUCCCCCAGAAAAUCAAUAAAAAAAUAUAAUUUUUUUUCUUGUUUGACUUCGUUGUCUGAAUCGCUUGUCGUAGAACACGGUACAGGAACCAUAGCUAUGCAGAGCCAACUUGUGUGUAAUGGUUGCAGGAACAUGCUGCUUUACCCUAGAGGGGCAACCAAUGUUUGUUGUGCAUUGUGCAACACAAUUUCGCCGGUUCCUCCGCCUGGGAUGGAUAUGUCUCAACUUUAUUGUGGAGGAUGUAGGACAUUGCUAAUGUACACACGUGGAGCUACGAGUGUCAGAUGUUCUUGUUGUCACACCGUAAACCUUGCUCCAGUAUCUAAUCAAGUCGCCCAUGUCCCUUGCGCUAACUGCCGGACAACACUCAUGUAUCCUUAUGGAGCUCCUUCAGUCAAAUGUGCUGUUUGUCACUAUAUAACUAAUAUCAAUAUGUCCAACGGAAGGGUUCCAGUUCCUGCUAAUAGACCUCAGGGGACAACCAACUUGGGAACAUUACCUUCUACUUCAACAUCAAUGCCGCAAUCUCAGGGCCAAACUGUGGUGGUAGAAAAUCCAAUGUCUGUUGAUUCGAGUGGAAAAUUGGUGAGCAAUGUUGUUGUCGGCGUUACAACAGAUAAGAAAUAAUGCAGUCAUGUAUAGGAGGUACAGUAUAUGAUGCAUUAUCACAGUUUCUGGCACAAGAAGAUACUGUAUGUGUAUGUGUAUUUGUAUAUGUAAUAUUACAUUGCAGCCUUCAUUUUUCGAUAUAUAAGGGUUGGCGGAUAUCAGUAUGUAUAUGUAUAUGAAGAGGACAGGUUGCGAAAAGGGCUGUGUGAUUGGUUCAUUCUUGUUGUAUCGUGAUUUAGCAAGUUGUAGACGAGCAAAUGUUAUUUCUUUCAUUCCUUGUUAUGCUUGUGAUUUUGUUGAUGAUCUGUUGGGACCAUGUAUGAAUAUUCGAUACAGAGCAUUGUGACAUAAUAACAGAUCUGGUUGAAUA